AUCAAAAAUUUGUAGUUUUUGAUUUUACUAAGACAGUAGAUGAUUCUUUAAGUAUACGUCUUGAAUGGUGUUCAUAUUGCUCAAAAAAUAAAUCUUACUCUCUUAAUAAUGCUAAACGGGUUGCGAAUAAUAAAAAUAGAGAAUGUCUUUCAGAAAAUUAUAUUAAUAGUAUAUUACUAUUGCAGUGGAGAUGUGCUGAAGAACAUAAAUGGUAUUCAACACUUAGAAAUAUAAAAUAUUAUAAUACUUGGUGUCCAGAUUGCACAUCUAGUAAACCUCUUACUCUUGAAGAAGCUAAACAAAUUGCAUAUAGCAGGAAUGGUACAAAACGUCUUACUCUUGAAGAAGCUAAACAAAUUGCAUAUAGCAGGAAUGACAAGUGUCUUUCUGAGAUAUUUGUUAAUAUUCAUUUACCCUUAUUGUAA